AUUUGAUGCAAGUAUACAUACAAAGAUCAUAUCUAUACAUACAUACACAGAUCACAUCUAGACAUAUAAAUAUGCAUAUAUAAUCUUCUCUCUCCUCUCUGAUUCUGCGCCAGUUUUGUGAAAAACCAAGCCCAAUCUCAUCCAAUCUCCAAUGCUCAGAUUCUUCCCCCACUCACUUCUCCUCUUCUAAUCUCUCCUCUCUCCCCAAUCUCUCCCAAAAAAAAAACCAGUCAUGAAACGAGACCAUCCCCAUCCCCAUCCCCUCCCUCAUCCCCAGCCCAACCAGCCCAGCUUCUCCGAUUGCCCCGGCGGCAGCAGCUCCACCAUCACAGACAACAUCUACUCCCCCGGAAAGUCCAAAAUGCCCUGGAACGAUUGCGAGCAAGAUGCCGGAGUCGAUGAGCUUCUAGCUGUUCUCGGCUACAAAGUCAAGUCCUCUGACAUGAUUGAUGUUGCUGAGAAGCUCCAGCAUCUUGAAGAAGCCAUGGGGCAAGCUCAUCAGGAAGGGAUCACUCAGCUCGGGUCCGACACGGUUCAUUACAAUCCCUCAGAUCUGUCGUCCUGGCUCGAGUCAAUGAUCGGUGAACUCAAUCCACCGGAAAUCGGAACUCAGAGUAGCAUCAUUUUCGAUGACUCCGUCUCUGAUUACGACCUCAAGGCCAUUCCCGGGAAAGCCGUGUUUACAAACCAGAAUCAGAAUCAGCCGGUUUGCAAGAAACAAAAGACUGUUGCAUUACCGGCUGUUUCGAGCCCCUGGCCGGUCUCGAGUGUCGAAACCCAGCCUGUACAGGUCCUGGUGGACUCGCAAGAGAAUGGUGUGAGGCUAGUGCAUACCCUCAUGGCCUGUGCCGAGGCUGUACAGGGAAAUAAUUUGAAAUUGGCUGAGGCUUUGGUUAAACAGAUUGGGUUUCUAGCCGUGUCUCAAAUUGGGGCCAUGAGAAAAGUGGCUACUUAUUUCGCUGAGGCCUUGGCGAGGCGAAUUUAUAGAUUGUACCCACAGAACUCACAGGAUUCGGCUUUCACUGAUAUGUUACAGAUGCAUUUUUACGAGACGUGUCCGUAUUUGAAGUUCGCUCACUUCACUGCUAAUCAGGCGAUUCUCGAGGCUUUCGCUGAUAAGAAGAUGGUUCAUGUGAUUGAUUUCAGUAUGAAGCAAGGGAUGCAAUGGCCGGCUUUGAUGCAAGCGUUGGCCUUAAGGCCUAGCGGUCCUCCGAGUUUUCGGUUAACCGGGAUUGGACCGCCGAGUCAUGAUGGAACCGAUCAUUUACAGGAAGUGGGGUGGAAAUUGGCUCAGUUUGCGGAAACUAUUCAUGUUAAGUUUGAGUAUAGAGGGUUUGUGGCGAAUACUCUGUCGGAUCUUGAUGCUUCUAUGCUUGAUCUUAGGGAGGGCGAGACGGUGGCUGUGAAUUCGGUUUUUGAGCUGCAUCAACUUCUGGCUCGGCCGGGUGGAAUUGAGAAGGUGAUGUCUGCUGUGGCGGAUAUGAAGCCCGAGAUUGUCACGGUUGUGGAGCAAGAAGCUAAUCACAACGGGCCGGUUUUCCUGGACCGGUUUACUGAAUCGUUGCAUUAUUACUCGACACUGUUUGAUUCGUUGGAGAGCUGUGGUAACAAUGUUAGCGGUGUUGAUGGUGCUGAGAUCGUUAGUAAUCAAGACAAGGUCAUGUCCGAGGUGUUCCUAGGAAGGCAGAUCUGUAAUAUUGUGGCUUGCGAAGGAGUUGACCGAGUCGAGAGACACGAGCCGCUAACUCAGUGGACGGAUCGGUUCAACUCAGCCGGGUUCGAGCCGGUUCAUCUCGGGUCAAAUGCGUUCAAACAAGCUAGUAUGUUGUUAGCCCUGUUUGCUGGUGGGGAUGGGUACAGGGUGGAGGAGCAUGAAGGUUGUUUGAUGUUGGGGUGGCAUACAAGGCCUCUAAUCACCACCUCGGCCUGGAAACUCAGUGGUUGACUCAGUGAGUAGCGAGUCGAGAUUGAUUCCGAGUGAGUUGGUGCCAACUCAGGGCCAGCCAAACACGCCCUACCUAGACAGAGUGCACUGUGUGAUGAUAAGCAACUGGGUGACCCAGUGAGAAAGAGAUAUGUUAUGAUGUGAGACAGAACACUGUUAUGUUUGUGUGGUUCUGCUUUUGUACCUUUUGUUUUUACCAAACUUAUUUUGCUAUGCUUGUAUCUACGUGUAACUUUUCUUAAUAAUAGCAUCAACUUUCUUCAA